CCCACGGACCCGGCGCAUAUCUUCAUUUGCCCUACUCCUUGGCUGCCAAACCCGACUGCCAGUGCCGCCACUCCGACGUCCGUCGUUUUCUUUCUCGCUUCCGUCAUCGAGAAAAGUGAGGAUAGCUCCCACUUCCUCUGGUAUCUGCUGUGCUGAAGUUAAGCCCUUUCUCAUCCUUCCUUGCUCACGAUGAAGCUCGUCAGGUUUUUAAUGAAGUUAAACAAUGAAACUGUGUCAAUCGAGCUGAAGAAUGGUACCGUUGUUCAUGGCACCAUUACAGGUGUGGAUAUCAGCAUGAAUACACAUUUGAAAACAGUUAAGCUUACUCUGAAAGGGAAGAAUCCAGUGACCCUGGAUCAUCUCAGUGUGAGGGGUAACAACAUCCGCUAUUAUAUCCUUCCUGACAGCUUAAAUCUUGAGACCUUGCUGGUUGAAGAAACACCUAGGGUGAAGCCCAAGAAGCCUACUGCAGGAAAGCCAUUGGGCCGAGGCCGGGGUCGCGGACGUGGACGUGGAAGAGGUCGUGGCCGUUAAGUUUGAAAUUUUCAGAGUUUUUGUGGUAUGUAGUUGUUAACCAAUGUUGUAUGGAGACAUUAUGGGCGGUUAAGGAACACUGGAGAAGCAGUACCGUUAAUUACUGAGGAUGAGUUUGUCUGGACACUUUGUUGUAAGUGUUACUGCUUAUAAGUGUAAGAUCACCAUCAAGCUGAUGCGACCUGAAUUAUCUGCAGGCUUAUUAUUAAUGGGUAAAUGGUGGCAUCCAUUUUAAUUAGUAUCGACGGAUCUCCCAUAAUUUCUUUAUGAAACAGAAUUCUGUGCUUUCUUUGUAGGAUGCUUAAUGAGAGUCUCUUGUGAAUGACAAAGUGCCUUAUUGAUAUCGAUCUCUCUCCUUGCUUCAUAUAUGAAUCACGUUUCAUGAAA